GGCGGGAGCCAGGGGCCGAGCGGCGGCGAAGCGAGCGGGAGGUGCGAGUGCAGGGUCCCGCCGGGCGGCACCAUGCGCUCGGCCGCCAGCCCCGGGCCCUCGUGGGGAGACGCGGCCGCGGCCGGGAACGGCAGCCAGUGGCGGCGGGCGGCGGGGAGCAGCCCCAGCCCGGCGCCCGGCUCCGCCGCCCCCAACGCGAGCCGCGCGGCCGGCUGGGACCCCUACGGGCGGGACGAGGAGCUGGCCAAGCUGGAGAUCGCCGUGCUGGCGCUGACCUUCGCGGCGGCGCUGCUGGGCAACGGCCUCGUGCUGGUGGCGCUGCGCCGCACGGCCCGCAAGGCCUCGCGCAUGCACCUCUUCAUCCGCCACCUCAGCCUGGCCGACCUGGCCGUGGCCUUCUUCCAGGUGCUGCCGCAGCUGUGCUGGGAGGUGACCUUCCGCUUCCACGGGCCCGACGGGCUGUGCCGCGUGGUGAAGCACCUGCAGGUCUUCGGCAUGUUCGCCUCGGCCUACCUGCUGGUGGCCAUGACGGCCGACCGCUACGUGGCCGUGUGCCACCCGCUGCAGACCCUGCGCCAGCCCGCCCGCCGCCCGCACGCCAUGGUGGCGGCCGCCUGGGCGCUCAGCCUGCUGCUCAGCACCCCGCAGUACUUCAUCUUCUCCCUCAGCGAGGUGGAGCGCGGCUCGCAGGUCUACGACUGCUGGGCGCACUUCGUGCAGCCCUGGGGGCCCCGCGCCUACGUCACCUGGAUCACCGGCGGCAUCUUCGUGGCGCCCGUGCUGGUCCUGGCCACCUGCUACGGCUUCAUCUGCGGCCACCUCUGGCGCAACAUCCGCGGCAAGACCCGCCGGCGCGGGGAAGGGAGCGGCGAGGCCCGCCGCAAGCCCGGGGAGGUGGCGGCCGCGGCGGCGGCUGGGCCCCCCGGCGGCGCCUUCCGCAGGGGGCCUCUGCCCACCCCGUGUGUCAGCAGCGUCAAGACCAUCUCCCGGGCCAAGCUCCGCACCGUCAAGAUGACCUUCGUGAUCGUCUCGGCGUACAUCGCCUGCUGGGCGCCCUUCUUCACUGUCCAGAUGUGGUCCGUCUGGGACCCGCAGUUCUCCUGGAUCGAUUCUGAAAACACUGUCAUUACAGUCACUGCUCUGUUGGCCAGUCUGAACAGUUGUUGCAAUCCAUGGAUCUACAUGUUCUUUAGUGGACACCUCCUGCAAGACUGUAUACAGAGCUUCCCUUGCUGUCAAAAGAUAAAACUAAAGCUGAGUAAAGAAGAUUCUGACAGCGUUAGCAGAAGACAGACUUCUUUUACCAACAACAGAAGCCCAACAAACAGUUUGGACAUGUGGAGGGGUUCACCCAAAUAAUCAAAAUCUACCAAAUUCAUCCCCAUUCCAACCUGAGCCAGUUACACAGAAGAGACAGGUCUUCUUCAAGUGCAAUAACAGCACUUGUGAGUAUCAUAGUGUGGCACUUCAAGCUUGUCAAGGCACUAGUCAUGAACAAUUAACUACAGCAGUAGCCAUAUCAUGAAAUGUACCAUAUUGCUAAAUAAACUAUUUUGAACUGCUGUAAAUUAUUUUAUGAAAAGUAUUAAUGACAUACAAAGCAGUGGAAUGUGGGCAAUUGCUCUGGAAAGAGUACUAAUGACCAUAGUUUUUCUAAAGUUAACUUUAUUUUUUGUUUAUAAAAUAAUUAACACUUUGUUUGCAUGGUCAUAAUUUUAAUUGAGACACUGCUUCAUGGUUGCCAACUGAAGUGUACUUAAUUCACCAUCAUAACUACUCUUAAAGUGUGCCAGUAUCCACUACAACUUAUGCUUUGCUGUGUGUUAUUCCGAUAGCAUCUGAGUACUUUAAUAACACAUUUUCAUGAAAGCUUGGUUUUGAAGCUCCUUGAACAAAUUUUGCUGUUUGUUAGAAGUCCUAAGAAUCUCUUAAAAGGACAACAUUGAGGCUAGUGAGCCUAAAAUGAGACCUAUCAUUUUCGUGUGGUUUUGGAGGCACACCUAUCACACUGUCACUCUGUUCUACCUGUCUGCUCCAUUCUUUUGAGCACAUCAGGUAUGGAAGUUUUCAGUAAUUUUGCUGGUGAUAUGCAGGACUCCGAUUUGAAUUUCUAGCAUGCUCUUGAGAAUGAAAAAUCAAGCAGAGUGGAAGAGCAGUGGUAUAUUUAUAAAUAUACUUGCAUCACAUGCAUGAUCAUACCUCUGAUCAGAAACAAAUUCCCUCUGUUGUUGGUAGGUCACUAUAAAGAGGAUUUGGGAUUUAACAAGACUGAGCCCUAGUUAUUGUUUGGCUAGUUAAAUAUUGGGCAUGUUGACCCUAAAUAUGCUUUUCAUUCAGAGCAAGAUUGGGCCCAAUAUCUCUCUAAGCAUUCAAAAGGGGAAAUAAUAGAAAUAAUUGGAACUGCAUUCUAGUUAAGCUAUAUUCUGCCUCCACAGUACUAAUGGAGCUCCCAUCCAUUUCAGUAAUAGUUUUGUGCAAAGAAUGAGGGCAGACUAUGUCCUGACAGAGAAAAGAUUGAUUUCAUGCAUUGCUAGCCCCAUAGAAAAUGAUAGCUAUUUCUUCAGGAACAAAAAUAUGGGGAAAAAAGCCUACAACAUUAAAAUGGUAUAUUGUACUUUUUAUGUUUUCUUUUUAAUGUGCAUUUAAAAGCCUAAAGCACCAAAGUUUAUACACAGUUGUACAUAAAACAUAUAGAUAUGAGUAAAUGUAUGCGAACCUGUUGAUAAAAUUUGGUCCAAAUCUAUAUAUGUAUGUAUUGGAGGACUCUGUGUGUGUGUGUGUGUGUAAAAUGUGUAUAUAUACACACAGUGUGUACUGAAUAAGCAUCAGAUACAUAUUUCGGUUGCAUAUGUCUCAUAUGAAGAUGCUAUUCUUUGACUAAUUUUAUGUUUUUGUUAAUAUUACUAUCUUUGUACAUGACAUCUAUGCAACUAGGUGUGCUUAUAACAUUUUAUCAAAGGUUAUUAGCCUGAAUUUUUCUAUAAUGAUAUAGAUUAAAAUAGACAAGACAAAUAAAAACUUUGAAAUAAUCUUAAUGAAAGAAGUUGGGCAAUGAACGGCAUAAAAUAUAAACAAAUUAUGGCUCAAAAUUUUAGCAGAGUCUUUUAGUUGUUUUCCAAGUAUGCUACAAAAUCUAUGCCUAAAUUUUGGUGAUUUCCCAUGCAGCUGUAUUUCAUAAGUGCUAUGUAAUUCUUGUGACUGAUUUGAUAAAACUGCAUAGGACAGGAUUUGAGAUUCCAAACAUUUUGUAAUUAUUACUUUGAGUUUCUUCUUUUGCGUAAACAAAUUUUUUUUUCAGAGUGAAAAUUAAGGUGUUCUGUACAGAUACAAAAGUGCUUCUUAAUAGUUGGUUGAAGUUAAUGUUAGAGUAAGAUUUUCAUGUGCUAAUGAACAAUUUCUUGUUCUUCCUGUUUUCAACCAAUGAAUAAAUUAUUGCUCAUUUAAAAUGUAUAAACUUGCUUCAAUAAACUUCUG